UGGCCCAACACACUCAGCUUACCCAUCAAGUCCAGGUCGUUCUGGCGCCUCGGCCGACUGCGGCGAACUCGCGAGACAAGGGUUUCUGCUCCUCCGUCCUCCGGUUGCGCUUCAUGGCGCCGCCUCCUCCCUGCUAUCGCCCCAAGAAACCCUAGCUGAAUCUCUUCUGAUUUCAGCAGAGCUGCAUUUCUCAAUGGACGAUAUCCCGGAGGCACUGCUUGCAGAGAUUGUCAAGCGGCUAACCAGCCCGUGUGAUCUUAAAUCUCUUUCUCUUGUGUCAAAGCGGCUCUAUGCCAUUGUGGGAGAGCUAAGGGAUGCUAUUUACAUUGGCUGUGGCGUUAGCCCUGUGACAGGGGCCUUGGAAUCACUGUGCUCCCGUUUCCCCAAUUUGUGCAAAGUGGAAUUCAAUUACUCUGGUCGGACUCACAACCACGGGAUGCAGUUGGACAACCAUGGCCUCGAGGUGUUUUCAUCUUGCUGCCCCUCACUGACUGAUCUCACAUUAAGCUUCUGCUCAUACAUUGAUGACUCAGGCCUUGGUUUUUUAGCAUGCUUCAAGAAGCUGAUGUCUGUCAGGUUGAACACACUACCAGCAAUAACUUCAUUCGGGCUUCUCUUGGUGGCUGUUGGAUGCAAGAAUCUAUCUGCUCUCCACCUUAUUGCCUGCAAGAAAGUUGGUAUUGUGGAGUGGCUGGAGUACCUUGGCAGGGUUGGAUCAUUGGAAGAACUUGUAGUGAAGCACUGUGAGAUGAUCAGCCAGUUUGACCUACUAAAGUUUGGUUCAGGAUGGAUGGCACUCCGGAAGUUUGAGUUUCAGAUCAAUGGUUUGUUCAUCAACUUAUAUGAUCCUCGUGAUCCUUCAUGCAUGGCACACUACCAGUAUAGAUAUGAUUUCAGUUGUGAGAGUUUGGAGGAUUUGACUUUGGCACGGAUCGCAACUGAGAAGGAAAUAGGACUUCGUUGUCUCCUGAGGAAGUGCAAAGCAUUAAAGAACUUGAGCCUUCAUUAUGUUCAUGGUCUACAUGACAAUGACAUAGUUACACUCUCGCAGAACUGCAACAACCUUACGAGCAUCUCACUUCGGCUGACACCUCAGUUCAAUGAAGGUAGUGUUUUCAGGACAUCAUUGACUGAUGACAGCCUUAAGGCUCUAGCCCUCAGGUGCCGUAUGCUUCAGUCUUUUGAGCUUAUAUGUUGGGCAUGUGAUUGCGACUGGCCAGAAAUAGGAUUCACACAGGAGGGCCUUGUGAUGCUCAUUCAGUCUUGUCCAAUUCGUGAUCUUGUGCUAAGUGGUGCUCACAUCUUUGAUGAUGAGGGAAUGAAGGCGGUCUCAUCUGCACAAUUCCUAGAAUCACUCGAACUUAUGCAUUGUGUGAAAGUAACUAAUGCUGGGAUGCGCCUCCUCUCACGUUGCCCACGUUUGAUUAACCUCACAUUGAGGCAGUGUGAUGGUUUCACUGAUGCUGGAGUGACUGAGGUGGCACGUGCACGGAAUCUGGAGUCCCUGAUUAUUGAAGGCUGUUCUCGGGUCGCUCUAAACGCAGUGCAGGGGGCUGCAAAAUCAAUUCACUACAAAGAAGAUUACCCAGGCUUGUUAAAUCUAGGCAGAGUGUGAGUGUGACCAUCUGGAAGGAUGAAGCGCACGCCCACAUAUUAAGUUCUAUUUUGGCCCCUUGAGGAGGAUUGGUCACGGUUGGUGGCUGGAUUUUAAAAUUUUACAUAUUUCUUUGCCCUCCCUUUUACUGCGAUUUGUGGGUCGAGAAUGUUAGUGUGUAAUUGUGAUAUUUGGAUGUUUGGAAGGCAUCUGAUUGUUGGGUGACUACUAUGACUUACUUCUGCUUGUAGCACAUUUUUUUGCGGCUUUCCAUCUCUCUUUAGCACAUUGGCGUUCUAUGAUAUAUCUUCUGGAUUAUUUCGGUUCAA